AAAAAAUUGUGAAAAAUUUAAAAUGGAUGAGCUCAAAAAUUUAGUAAUUCAAACACUAGAGACCAAUGGGAUUCUCGGCGAGAUCAGAGCUAAGCUUAGAUCCUCAGUAUUUAAGGUUAUCGACAGUAAUGACCCAGCACAUAAAGAAAAGGCAAUGCAUUGGGAAAAUUCUCUAGCCCAAAAAGUCUUAGAGACAACUGAAAGUGCUCUAGCUGCUGAUCUCAUUAGAGAGUACCUUGAAUUUUAUCGCCUGGACUACACCCUCUCCAUUAUGAUCCCAGAAGCAAAUCUGAAGCAAGAUCCUCUUGAUAGAGAACAGCUUGUGAGAAAGGCAGAAGUUGAUCAGGCCACAGACAAAGAGCCUCUACUUGUCCAGAUCCUCAAAGAGAGAAAACAUGGAGGAGCUAGAGCUCCUGCUAGUAUGGUCAAAAAGGAUCCUCCAAGUACUGCGCACAUGGAACCAUCUUCAGGCCAAAGUCCCGGAUUGAAGAAUAAAUACAGCCACAAUACUGAAGACAGAAAGGAGAGUCAGAGAUCCAAUACCAAGAAAAACAGCGAGCCAAAUGAAUAUAAUGACAGCUUUGAAGAUGACGAUAUUGAAGAAAACCUCCCUGUUGAAGACAUAGAAGAACCUGGCCUUGAUGAUGGAGGCAAUGGCUUCACAGCCAGUCAAUCUCUUGGAAUGGACCCUAGUGUUAAUACCUUGGCUAUGGAUGAAUAUGAUCAUGUUGAAGAAGUCUUCAGGCUUGGAUAAAAUCUAGAGAGCAGCAAGCAUUCUAUUCU